UAUUUAUUGCAGAAUAGUAUAUCUAAAUAUCAGGUCAGGAGUUCUGAAGCGCUCAUUGACCACCCCUCCCUUCCCCCCUUGCGCGCAGCGGCGCACAUCGACGCACAUCGGCACACGUCAGAUACACAGACACACACCUGCAGGCAGCAGCAGCCCCUCCCAGCAGUGUUUUUCUUGGCUUGUGCUGAGGUGUGUUUAUUGCUGAGACAAAUGUAUCAGUGAUGGAGGGAGAUUCUGUCACUCUAAAGACUGAUGAUAAACAGAGAUAUGACAAGAUAGAGUGGAGGUUUGGAGAGGAGCGAAUCGCCGGAAUAAAGGAAGUGAAUGGUACAUAUUAUGAUGAGGUUUGGAGAUUCAGAGGCCGACUGCAGCUGAAUCACACCGGCUCUCUUACCAUUAGAAACACCACAACUGAACACACUGGAGUUUAUCAUCUGAGUAUAAACAUUGGAAGUGCAGAGAUAACCAGGAGUUACAGAGUUACUGUGUAUGCUCCUCUGCCCAUUCCAGUAAUCUUCAUUUACACUUUACAAUCUUCUUUAUCAUCUGAAAGAUCAUCGAGAAUCUUCCUGUGUUCAGUGGUGAAUGUGAGGCAUGUGACUCUCUCCUGGUACAAAGGAAACAGUUUAUUGUCCAGCAUCAGUGAGUCUGAUCUCAACAUCAGUCUCUCUCUACCUCUGGAGGUGGAAUAUCACGAUAAAAACAUCUACAGUUGUGUAGUGAACAAUCCCAUCAGAAAACAAACCAGACAUCUCUCCAACACUGAACUCUACUGGUUAGGUUCAGACUCUGUCCACUGUUGUGGCACUGCUGAAGCUGUGAUCCGAUUGGUCGUCACAGCUCUGAUGAGCGUGGCUGCUGUGGCUGCCAUUGUUGUUCUGGUUUAUGACAUCAAAUCCAGAACAGAAGAGAAAAGAACAAACAUCAACUUAGGCCACCGAUCAGACAAAAUUUGAUUAUAAGACAUAAUCUAAUGUCCAUAAGGCUAAGAACAUGAAAUAUUGCAUAUAUGCUUCCUGUAUACAUUUUCUGUUUUUGGCAUAAUAGAACCAAGCUGUAAGGAUGUAAAGAUAGCCCUGCAUUUGGUUGCAGAAAGUGAAGCAUGUAAUCAGAGAUUAAAAAAAUGAAA